GCUCUUUUUCACUCUCACCCCAACCACCAUCAUGUCUGAGCUUGACGCUGACCUCUAUGGCGACCUCUACGGCAAUGACGAGCCCGAAUUUCCGACUCCAACAGAAAACGGCGACCAAUCUAAACCAGAAGAGGUAUUGGAAGCCCCCCCUCAAGCACCUGUUGCUUCCACUGUGAAGGCUCCCCCGCCGACGCCAUCAAAACAGCCCUCACCAGUCGUGCCGGCCGCCGCCCCCAAAGCACCUGCAAUAGAGACUUAUCCAGUACAGACUUAUGAAGAAUACACGUCGACUCCCGCUCAAUCUGGACCUCCUGCCUACACCGCUCCAGCUACGCAACAAAUACCGACUUACCAGCAACCUCAAUCUGACUAUGGACCAGACAUGGGCCAACAUGAAGGUGUGGGUAGUUAUGACCGCCAACAUAGCCACGAGAGAAGUGUGCGGCCGUCUGAGAUGAAGGAUGAAGGCAAGAUGUUCAUUGGCGGUCUCAACUGGGACACAACCGAUGAGUCCCUCAGGAAUUACUUCUCCCAGUUCGGUAAAGUAGAUGCAUGCACGAUCAUGCGCGAUGCUGCUGGCCGGUCGAGAUGCUUCGCCUUUUUGACUUUUGACGACCCCGCAAGCGUUAAUGCGGUGAUGGUGCGGGAGCACUUCCUAGAUGGCAAGAUUAUUGAUCCAAAGAGAGCAAUACCUAGACAAGAGCAUCAACGGGCCACAAAACUGUUCAUCGGCGGUCUUGCAGGGAGUGUGACGUCCGAGUCGAUGCGAGACUUCUUCUCGCAGUUUGGCAAGGUCAUUGAUUCGACUGUCAUGUUAGACCGUGAGACAGGAAGAAGCAAGGGUUUCGGGUUUGUUUCAUUCGAAGACACAAAUGUCCAGCCCUUCCUCGGUUUUGGGAACCUAGAGAUCGAUGGCAAAUUGAUUGAUGUGAAGCUGGCGCAACCGCGUUAUCAGCGCGACAACUUCAAUGAGGACGGCAGUCAGCAGCAGCAGCAACAACAGUACACCAACAAGGGCGGGAAUUUCAAUGCGGUAGCUAACCCUAUGCCCGCGGCUCCCUCGGGCAACACUCCAUUUGAUCCUCAGGCCCUUGCCGCUUUGUACACUCGCAUGUUCCAAAUGGCAGGCGGAGGCGGCAUGAUGGCAGGUAUGGGUAUGGGUAUGAAUCCAGGCAUGACCCCAGGUAUGAAUCCGGGCAUGAUGGGUGGCAUGGGUGGUUAUGGUGGUGGUGGCGGCGCAGGCAUGGGUAUGGGCAGAGGCGGCAUGGGAAGUCCCGCAAUGGCAGGUGGUAUGGGCGGUGGAGGACCAGGGAUGGGUGGUGGAAUGGGGAGAGGCGGACAGGGCAUGGGGGGUGGUGGUACACCUACAGGGCCAGCCAGCCUGGGUCCGAAUGUCCCACGUGGUCCACGAGGAGCACAAGGUGGUCCGGGUGGUCCUGGUGGUCUUGGCGUUGGCCCACAACGAGCGGGACAACGAGGGCAGCACAGUUACCAUCCUUAUGCGCGCUAGUUCCCGUGACAUCGCUGGAUUCGCAUUACUAACUUAUCAAUUCAAAAGCUGGCCCGUGUACGCAUGCAGAUGGUGGACCUUUUCAUAUGCAUAUAUACGCAGUAGUCUUGUUCGUCAUUUCCGCUUUUUAACUGCUGUUCCUGUAGUAUGUUCAGAAGCCGUGUGGAAUGAAUCUUUUGUACUUGCCGCAUCAAGCAUCGUUCCAUGGGAGUAAGCCCAGACCGGGAAGUUCCUUCUGCAAACGACGCGAC